AGUGUUCCUCUCUCCUUUUUUCACUCGAUCGCGACUCUCGGCCGGAGCAAUCGCAAGAGACCCGACUCGAAAGCGAAUCGUCUAUCACCGUCGUCAUGUCUCAGGUGGAUAAUAGAAAUUCCUCAGCAGCCAAGCGUGCUAGAACCGACGGUAGUCGCAGGGAGGACGAUUGGACAUGCCCAAGCUGUGGCAAUGUUAAUUUUUCAUUUAGGACAACUUGCAACAUGCGUAAUUGCACUCAGUCUAGGCCAGCUGAUCAUAAUUCAAAACCUGCUCCCAAGCAUGUGCAAGCCCCACAGGGCUACUCAUCCUCGGCUCCCUAUGUAGGUUCUGGUGCACCUUCGUCGAUGUAUCUUGGUGUGCCACCAUAUGGAUCUUCUUUUUUCAAUGGAUCCCCAAUUCCUCCAUAUGAUGUACCAUAUUCUGGGGGUUCAGCUUAUCACUACAACUAUGGCAAUCGCCUUUCUGCUGGAAGUCCUUAUCGACCACUUCACAUAUCUGGACCAGCCCCAUAUUCUAGUGGAUCAAUGAUGGGCAAUGGUGGGAUGUAUGGUAUGCCUCCCCUGAUGGAUCGGUAUGGCCUGGGUAUUCCCAUGGGCCCCACAGCAAUGGGGCCAAGGCCAGGAUUUUUCCCCGAUGAUAAAUCUCAGAAAAGGGGUGCAGAUGCGACUCGUGAUAAUGAUUGGACCUGCCCGAAAUGUGGGAACAUCAAUUUUUCUUUCAGACCUGUUUGUAACAUGAGGAAGUGCAAUACACCCAAGCCUGGAUCUCAGGCUGCAAAAUCUGAUAAAAGUUCCAAACAAAAGAUGCCCGAUGGCAGCUGGAAGUGUGAUAAGUGUAACAACAUAAACUAUCCAUUCCGAACCAAGUGUAAUAGACAAAACUGUGGGGCUGACAAACCUGAUGAGUCGAAGAACUCUCCUUUACCUGAGCCAGAUGAGAAUGAUCAGUGAGUACUAGGACAUGUGUGAGGGUUGGGAAGGUCCAGAGUUGUCGUCCAGCAUUGCUCAAUAUGGGUGUCUGAAAGUCAGUCGUGUCGUCCUCAUGUUGCAGCAGUUGUUGAGUUACUCUACCUUCUCAUGAUUUGUGUCAAGUUGUUGUGUUAAAGGCGAUGGUAAUGUGGUCUUUAUGGAUCCUCCUAUGCAAUGUGUCAGCCAGCUUGGUCUGGCUAAGAUUUCACAGAUUGGUUGGUUUCUGUACUGUUGGAAUCAGCUCAUCUAUUAUAGCUGGUAUGUUACCAUAAAUUUAGAUAUGUUAUCUGUAUUAGAGACGAAACUACAGACUGCAAUAUCUGUUUUGGAUAUGUUUUAUUGUGGUUAAAGUAUCGUGAUUCCAGCCAAUGCUUCUGUUA